GUGGGAAGAACAGGCGCCGGGAAAUCAUCGUUGAUAUCAGCGUUGUUUCGAUUGGCAAAAGUGGAGGGGAUCAUUGAGAUUGACGGCGAGGACACGGGUUUGAUAGCCUUAGAGGACUUGCGACGCAAAAUGUCCAUCAUCCCCCAGGAUCCCGUUUUGUUCUCAGGUACUCUGAGACGUAAUCUAGAUCCUUUCGACGAAUUUCCUGACACCGAUUUGUGGGAGGCACUUGAAGAGGUUGAGCUGAAGGAAGCGGUUAGUGCCGGAAAUGGCUUGGAAAGUCGCGUGUUUGACAGAGGCAGCAAUUACAGCGUCGGUCAAAGGCAGUUGGUAUGCUUAGCCAGGGCCAUUCUGAGAAACAAUCGUAUACUGAUGCUAGACGAGGCAACCGCAAACGUGGAUCCGCAUACUGACGCCUUGAUUCAACGGACUAUUAGGAAGAAAUUCGCGACGUGUACGAUGCUAACCGUGGCGCAUCGACUGAACACUAUAAUGGACAGCGACAAGGUUUUGGUGAUGGAUAAGGGUCGUAUGGCUGAAUACGAUCAUCCUCAUAUAUUACUGAAAAACAGCUAUAGUCAGUUUACUUCGUUAGUAAAGGAGACUGGUCCAGGUAUGUACGAUCAUUUGGUCAAGGUGGCGAAGCAGUCCUAUGUAAACAAGUACGGGGAAACAUGACGAAGUGUUGAUGAAUUUUUAUAUAACAAUUUCUCGUUAGCUAGAUUUUUUAAAGCAAAAGCGAAUCACUUAAUGUGCCCUGCAGUGUAUACUUAUGGAGUAGAAAAAGAAUGCAGAUCGUACAGGAAUGGCACAUGCAAACGAAUGUUAUACAUUUCAUUAAGAUCAAAGAAGCAUAUUGUUGUAUGUCUUUUUUUCGGAAUGUCACACACAGGAUAUUUUCCCUAAAUAUCCUUUUCCUUUUCGUUAAAUAUCAUAACGUUGUGUGAGCGUAGAAUGCGUCUGAAGAAUUUUUGUAUCACUUUUGAGAUGAUCGCUGCCGAAAAAUCAUUCUCACCGUAAUAUCUAGUACAAGUUUCUGCCAUGAGUUAAGACCGCAAUAUUGUUAUAUUUUUCUACUCUAUAUUUUUACGUACUACAGAAAUUACCUAGCUAGUUCUUAUGAUAAUAAGCAAAUGCGUGUUCGCCGAUUGAGGAUUGUGUCGGUUAGAUGAAACAUGGUUUAUCAUGAAUACGAAAUUGUGUCUAAAUACGUUAUUUAUGCACAGUAAACCUGCUGUGAUCUCUACCAAUAUCCAUUUUGAGCCAUAAGGAUCUUACAAGAGCUAUAAAAAAUCUUGGUGAUUAAAAUUGUAAUACAAUAUUUACCGAGUACAUUUUAUAAAAAAUGAAUUAAAAUCAUAUAAAUUUAAAAAGUA